AUGGAUUACUCUCUUGCCAUUACUUAUGCUACUACAUCUAUCAUUUUUCUCUACUUCAUUUACAUGCUCUUUGGGAUUUUUAGUAACAAAAAGGGUAAAACACCUCCUAAAGUUGCUGGAUCCUGGCCUGUAAUUGGCCAUCUCCAUCUUUUCAGUGGAUCUAAUCUGCCUCACAAAACAUUUGGGCUUCUGGCAGACAAAUAUGGCCCAAUUUUCACAGUAAAAUUUGGAGCCCAUCAAGUUUUGGUGGUGAACGAUAGGAAAAUAGCCCAAGAUUGCUUGACUACCAACGAUAAGGCCUUGGCAAGCCGGCCUAAAGCGUUGGCAGUAGAGCUCUUGGGCUAUAACUACGCCAUUUUUGGGCUUGGCCCAUACGGCCCAUUUUGGCGAGAAAUGAAAAAAAUAGUCGUACUCGAAUUACUCUCCAAUCGUCGUGUACAAAUGUUAAGACAUAUUCGAGAAUUUGAAGUGAAAACAUCUAUCAAAACAAUGUAUGAAAGGUGGUCGAAGGAAAAGAUGAAUGAUUCUUCAAAUUUCGUCAGAAUAGAAAUGAAACAAUGGUUUGAGAACUUGGCCAUGACGAUUAUUAUAAGAAUGCUUUUUGGAAAAGAACACGAUUUUGAAGAAGGAAAAAGGGCUAGAAAUGUAAUGACAAAUUUUUUCAAGUUACUUGGUGCAUUUGUUGUAGCUGAUUUUAUACCAUCACUAAGAUAG